CAUCCGACUUUCAAGGUAAACGCAAAGAAGCAUGAUAAGAAAUGAGCUCCUGGGCUGACAGCAUUCCUCCAGUUGCUGCAGCGCAAUGCAGACCAUUAAGUGUGUCGUCGUCGGAGACGGAGAAGUAGGUAAGACCUGUCUGCUCAUCAACUACACCACCAAUGCCUUUCCUGGAGAGUACAUCCCCACAGUGUUCGACAACUACUCCGCCAAUGUUUUGUUCGAUGGGAAGCCGGUGAGCCUGAACCUUUGGGAUACAGCAGGACAAGAAGACUAUGACAGACUCCGCCCCCUUUCCUACCCAGAGACGGACAUUUUUCUCAUCUGCUUUUCCCUCGUGUCUCUUGCGUCAUUUGAAAAUGUCCGUAAUAAGUGGAUUCAUGAGGUGAGACACCAUUGUCAGAACACUCCCAUAAUCCUCGUGGGGACCAAAAUGGAUCUGAGAGAUGACAAAGAUGCUUUAGAGAAGCACAAGAAGGAGAAGAAGACUAAUGUCUAUCCCAUUAACUACCCUGAUGGACUGGCCCUGUCCAAAGAGAUUGGUUCUGUCAAGUACCUGGAGUGCUCAGCUUUGACUCAACGUGGCGUUAAAACUCUGUUUGAUGAGGCCAUCAGGAUUGCCGUGUCCCCUCCACCUAUCACCAAGAAGACAAAGAAGUGCCUUCUCCUCUAAGACUUCACUGAAACAGUGCAUUUCAGAUUCUGUCCUUCAAUGUGUGCAUCAGUUAUACAGUUGUAAGGUCAAUUUUAGGAGACAUUGCUUCCUAAAAGUGUAUACUGAUUUUUGGUAGUAGAAAUGUUUUCAAAUAGACUGUACACAUGCUGUAUUUUAGCUGAAAAGAAAUUCUUUGAUCUGUUGUCUCUUUAAAACACAGCUGACAGUCUGCUGCUGUUUCCUGCUCAACCACAUCAAGCAUUUAUAAGUUAAAAACGCCACUUUCUCUCUAUGGAAGCAGGCGUGUCAACAAAGAGCUUGAACUUGAACUAACCACCUGUGAAGUUUGGAGUAACGUCUUUACUGGUAAUUAAUUUUUUGCCUUAAUGGUUCAUGUUAAUUCACUCCCAUGAAGUAAAUGAAGUCUGAAGCAGAGAGAAAUGAAUGUUGUAUACGCUUAGCUUUAUGAAGAAAAGCUAUUUUGUUUGCUUUUUUGUUUUGUUUUUUAAAGCCAAGAAAUUCCCCUAAAACAGGUUCUGUUUGUUUUCCUUUGAGCCAAAAUGGCAAAAAUGGCUGAAGUGUUGCUGACUCACUUAUUCUUGUGAAUCUUUCACUUAUACCAUACUGGAAAAAUAAAGAUUCACCAUUAUUCAAACACAUUUUAAUGUAAAUAAAAAUGUAAAUUUUUCUCCCGAUCACUGAUAUAAUUAGUUAGAGCAAUAAAAGAAGAUUAGAUGUACGUUUUGGGCAACAUAUUAAACCACAAGAAUAACACUUAAAAAUAUAUUUUGCAUUAUGCUUUUAGAAAAAAUCAAUUAAUGACACUGUCCCAGAAAUAUCUUCAUUAAUAUACACUCAACUGCUCAUCAACACAAAAUCUAUCCAGACAGUCCUUACAGACAAAUAAGCUCAAGACGACUUCCCUGAAGCUCAACCGGAGAAUCAGAAUAAGCAAGAAAACUGAUUUACGUUACUUAUUUGAACCAGAUUAGUCUGCUUAAACUUCUUCCCUUGCAACCUGAAACCAGAUAAGCAGUACAUAUCAAAUGGAUGGAUGGAUCCUGAUGCUGCUGGUGGUGUGGGGGCAAUUUUCUUCACACACCCGAGUACCAACACCACAGUCUACCUGAGUAUUGUUGCUGACCAAGUCCACUUCUUUAUGACCACAGCAUACCCAUCUUCCGAUGACUGCUUCCAGCAGGAUAACACACCUCGUCACAUAGCUCAAAUCAUCUCAAAGUAGUUUCUCAAACAUGUCAGUGAGUUCACUGCACUUCAGUGCCCUCCACAGAUCUCAGUCGAGUAGAGCACUUUUGGAAUGUGGUAGAAUGAGAGUCUCAUCGUGGAGGUGCAGCCAACAGAUCUGCAGCAACUGUGUGACAGUAUCAUAUCAAUAUGGCUGAAAUUCUCUGAGGAAUGUUUGCAGCGCCUUGGUGAAUCUGUGCAAUGAAGAAUUAAAGCAGUUCUACUCUGUAGAUGGGCCAGUGAUCAUCAGUUUUUGACCAUCAGAGAUAUAAAGAAAUUUUGUAAACCUUUUGACUGACCCUAAUGUUUUUUUGAGGGUUAAUGUUUGAGUUAGAUUCGGGUUAAGGUAAGGGCUCGUCACCAAUUUGUAACUGUUACAGUUGAGAAUGAAAGUGGAGCACUAAAUGUAUUGAGCCCCACUCUUAAAAGAAACUCAAAGUCUUGACACUUUCUGUAAAAUUAUAUUUAAGUUUUGUUUUUUAGAGCAUGUUUUAUGCCAACUUGUCCAAUAUAGAAUAUGCUUGGUUGGUGCUAACAGACAUUGUUUUAUCUAACUAGUCACAGAACUUUUGGGGAAAGCCUCUUUGGUGAAUUUGUGGCUCACUGGAGUCAGACACUGUCCCCUUUGUGUUUGAUAUUUUCUUGUGGGGAUGGGUUGACAGACAUAGUGGUGCAAUCAGCUGGUAGAGCAGAGCUCCACAAAAUAUGAUCACAACUAUUUUGUGCAAUUUUACAGUGUAAUUUAACCCCCAGUUAUCACUGUUCAGUUAUUCUUUUAACAAACACUUCCAAACUGUUUACAAAAGGUUACAAGGAAGUUUCCAAAUAAAGUGGACUCAAUGUAACUAUAAUAUCUAUGACAUCAAUGUAGUCAAAAGAUCAAAUCUGCACACACGCACACAGAGUGGAGCAGUCACGUUGGGGAAAACCUAGAAGGAAAAAAACAACUUUUAGCUUAAAAAUAGAACUUCUAAUCUCAAGCUCAGUCCUGCACUUGUAUUCCAUACAUACACUGUGAGGUUUUGGACGAGAUGAGUGAAAAACAAUUCCUGGGAAUUAUUAGUGGGACAUGAAAAAUCCUGUCUGAAGCUCUUAGGAAAAGGGGCCUGUUCAAAACAAUUGAUAAUGAGCUUG